CCUUAUAUCAUUACUCAGCACUGUUUCUAAGAGUAUAAAUAUACUGAUAUUAUAAGCGAAAAUAAGUAAUACAAAAAUUAAAAUACGUUGACAAAAAUGUUCUCUUAUACUAACCUAACAAUUGCGAUUAUUUGCUACCUGCAAAUAGUUUCAUGUUUACCAACAAACCAACCAGCUUCAGAAAGUCCAACAAGCAUUACAACGUCUGCACCACAAAAACCUACAAGUGAUUCAACGGAUACCUCAAAAUUGACAACAUCAAAUAAUGGAGUAAUUACCGCAUCGUCAGUACCUCCAAAAAAUUCACCAAGCAAUGAAGCUUCCACAACAGCACCAGAAAGUUCAACUACUCUAUCACCUGCAGAGAAAGCUUUGCAAGAUUUAUUUGAAAUUUUAAGAAAUGUUUCAAAUAAUGAUUUACCAAAACCUGAAGAUGUAGCAAAAAUUUUGCGUGAAAUAGACGCAAUUUUAAGAAAUAACGCUGUACACGAUCGUUCCGAAAUAUUAAAGCGAAUAGUUUAUGAAUUGUUCAAUAAUAUCUUUGACGAUUCGUCCGAUUCUUCAGACGAUGAUUCAUCCGGUUCUUCAGAAGAAGGUUUCGAUAUAAUUUUCGAAAUCUUAAAUUUAUAAAAAUUAAAUAUUUCAACUAAUUUAUUAAAUUUACUUGCUAUAUUUUGAAAUGUAAUUUAGCCAAAUAAAAUUAGCUUUGUAAAGUGA